AUGGCAAUCUAUUCGUUUUUCAUCUUUGACAGGCACUGCAAUUGCAUCUAUGAUCGCGAAUUUUUCCAGUCGUCGGCGUCGACAAUUGCAUCCUCGUCAGCUUCUUCCACGACAUCGAUAGUGGCAGCCACGUCAUCGGCGAAAGAAGUCCCCGUUUUAAAAGGACAGGUGAACAAGAACAAUGACGCCAAUAGCUCCAAACUUCUCUUUGGGAUCCUUUACUCUCUCAAAACCAUAGCUGUGAAAUUGAUGGAUGGCAGCGGUGGUGGUGGUGAAGACAGUUUACAGCAGGCCAACGAGUUGAAGCAAUUCACCAUGGGCCAAUUCAAGGUGCACUUUUGGGAGUCACUCACCAAGUUCAAGUUUGUUAUCAUUAGUGAUUUGAAAGUGGUGGAUCUACAACUGGUGUUGUGGCAGCUAUAUUCAAACUAUUUCAUGACCCAUGUUGUUGAAAACUCGUUGCUGCCGAUUGAGUUCAAAUGGAUCGAUGAACAAAGUGCCGCGGGCGCCAAUAGUCUGCGUGAAGCGAAUGAAUACCUGGGAAAAAUCAGUAAUAGCAAGUUUAUUGAAGAGACUGACAAGUAUUUGCAAUCGCUACCGGCGUUUUAA